AUGCGUGUGCGUGUACGUGAUGCCCUACGCAAGCACAUCUACGUACCUGACCGCCAACACGAGAAGUUAAGCGUGUGGUGGCGACACGAUGAUGCUGUCCGUCGGACUAAUGAGUCCGCCCGUCUUGCUUGUGUCCUCGUCGUCCUCGAUGGGCGUGGCCGGCCACCACCGCCGCCGCCGCAGCCGCUGAGGAUGAGGAGGGUCGUCGAGUGA